AAUAAAUAUAUUUUUAAAUAAUAAAUAAGAAGUAUUUGAAUUAGCAUAAGUGGAAAAAAUUGACUAGGUACAUGAGAAGAGUCACAAUAGACACGAAUGAUUAAUAUAAAUAUUUCAUAUUUAUUUUAAAUGUAUCAAUUUGAACAAAUUUGAUUUCAAUGCAUGAGCGAUCUCGAAUAAUUAAAUUUAGCUUAUAGACUUGAAUAAAAUUCUUUAUAUAUAAUUAAGAAAAUUGAUAAAACCCUGCGUAGUACACAUUUUACCUUAAGGUAAAUCUCAUUUUGCCAAUGCGAGAUAGUAAUCGAAAUAGGAAAGUAACGUAGGUUGGUGCAAAUAAAUGCCAACUCGAUCGGAGAAAUCAAUGCUGAACUCGUUCGAUUGAGAUGCAAUUUUCUAAAAAGUAAAUAUACCGUGUUCUAAAAACUCUGUGACUAUCCUCGGUUUGUAAAAGACUAUCCUCGUGUUUGCGCGCGACUCGCAGAACGACGAGUGUGAAUGUCGCGUAGACCAUUCGCGCGUUUUUAUUUCGUUCGCGGCCCGCGAAGCCGACAUUUCAAGUUCAAGCUCAAAGGAAGAGUCGACGACGAUACAUUAACGCGACAUAUGUAACACAUAUGUUGUGUCCAUUGGGUAACCAUAGUAAUUCCGAAAGCCUCGACAUUCCACCGCUCGGUCGCUUCCACCCCCUUCUCACAAUGAGUGAAAUCUUCACCCCCGAAGACGGAGGUAAUGCACACGUGUACACACCCCCGCGGUGUACGACUACGUAAAUAAAGGACACUGACGGGGCGAUACGUAUGCGGAUAUAUAAGAUAUAUAUUGUUCCUCUGUUAUCCUCUGGUCAGUAUAUGUCACACCACCGUCGCGAAAGAGCGGCUCGAUCGAGGACGAUUCGUCCGAUACGUUCUUCAACAAUUCGACACGAUAAAAGAUACAACGAAUUACGCGUGUAAACUUUAAUCUCACUCCACUUUCUCUUCGUUCGGACUCUGAGAUCUUUGAUGUGAUUGUCCAUUGCGACUGACGGUGAUUAAAAAAGAAGAAGCGAAUUGUAAUGGCAGAAAGAACGAUAAAUAUGGAAAAAUAUUGUUUAAAAUUUAAAGGUAUUGAAAGAAUGAAGGAAUGAAGGCGAGUACAAACCAAUUGCGGAUGAUUAUAUAUAGACGAUUCGAUUCAAGUGUGAAAGUUAAAGGAAACGAAUGGAAGCGCUGAACACGACGAUGUUGAAUUAAAACGCGUUAACGAUCCAACAUCAUGUUUCGCUGCGUAAAAACAUCCCCGAGGCGAUUAAAUGGGCGAGGUUUCUUUUUUUCGAAGUGUCUUCGCUCGUACCUUCGUAAGGGCAUUCCGUGUGCAAGACCCUGACCACCAACCGCAUUUUCUUCGAGCGGGGUUGAGUCGCGCUUCAUUCAUAAUUCAACGACUCACAUUUCACCGAUACGAGGCCACUGCCGUGGCUAUCCAAGCUAUCGACACCAAUCGAUGCCCGUUUCCCUUGCGAUUAACUAACAAACGUCAUCAAAGAAGCUCGCCGGAAGUAUCGACGGCGUCACAGAAACAUCGGACCAUCCCGUCAUGAUCCUUUCGGGAAACGAAGAAUUCUUCUCGACUUGUCGCGCCCGGAUCGACGAGUAAUCGACGAGUUGGAACAAUUAUCGCGAAAAGUCCGUCGUUUUCGUAAAAAAAAAGAAAAGAAAAGAUGUUAUCGAACCGAUCGUCGACGCUUUUAGUACUGUCCAUCGAAAGUCUUCCGAGCUGUGCGAGCGUAUCUUAAAAGAAACACGGAGGAGAUCAACAUGGAUGAUAACAAGCCGCAAGUAGACGAUGACAGCCAGCAAAACCACAGCCAAAGGCCUAGCAGUUGGGGCAAUUUUCUUCACCCCGACGACAAUAGUCCGGUCGAGCAUCAAUUCAACGAUGAGAAAUCGAGCGGCUCCGGGAACAUCUCCUCUCGCACGUCCUCAGCGAAAUCGACCAAGACCGAGUCCAAUGCGCCGAAAUCUCCCGAAUUGAUCUCUACCGUGUGCAGGGAGAUCAUUUACGAGCCCGACAAAAACGGCUUACCGGUUGGCGGAACGCCGGCGAGUAUCAAGAGAAGAUUAUCGAGAGCCAGCGUAUAUCCAUCCGGAACGAAUGUGAUCGCACAGGAUGCCUUUGGUCCCAAACUCACUGCACCCACUAGUCCGGAUAUCAAUCAUUCGCUGCCGGAUACGCCAGUUUCGUUGGACUUUGCGGAAACCGGCGGAGAUUCAUUGCCGCCGAAAGAGGCGGAAACGGAAAUCGAUCCCGAGUUACUUUAUUUUCGCGACGGUCACCGAAGAAUCGAUAUGGUAUUGGUCUAUCAAGAAGAAAACGAAGGAGUUAUGACCGAAUUGGAAGCUCGUCGACGAGAGCAGAGAAAGGUUUUUCAACAGAAUCUUUUGAAAGAAGGUCUGCAACUAGAGCUCGAACCAAAGGAGACUUCGUUCGAUGGAAAAACGUACUUUUUAAAAUUACACAUACCUUGGAAAAUCAAAGUGCAAUAUGCCGAAGUAAUGGGCCUGAAACUACCCACGAAAAGAUUCAAAACGAUUCCUGUGCAAACUUGGGAUACGGACAGUGCCAAAGAAAUGUCGAAAUUCUGGGCACGAUGGAUGCGGUGUGCCAAAUGGAUACAUAAGAUACACACUUGGGAUACAUCCAAAUAUCCCGAGGAACCACAUUUUUAUGACUACAUAGACUCCGGCGAUCGUGAAGAAAGAUUUAUCGUGAAAGAGAAAGACAAUGCCUAUACGCCCGCCCAGAGAUCGCUCAUAGUGAUGCAAAUAUUAUUGCGAGCGAGAUAUGACGAGAAUCAUGAGAAAUCUGGUAUUCGCAGGCUUUUAGCAGACGGAACGUACCUCGAUUGUUUUCCUUUGCACGAAGGUCCUUAUAACAAACCCAUGCGUAACGGAGAAAUUCUUGAUAGAUAUCUGUUAUAUUUAAUAUGGGCGAGACCAGCACAAUGGUAUAAAAAACAACCGUUGUGGUUAAUAAGACGAUACUUUGGUGAGAAAGUCGCCCUUUAUUUCGCGUGGCUAGGCUUUUACACGAAAUGCUUAUAUGCACCGGCAGUAGUAGGACUUUUAUGCUUCGUUUACGGUCUUGGAAGCAUGGAUGGUGAAGACAAUGUCCCUAGCAAAGAAAUAUGCGAUCCUAAUUUAGCUGGAAAUAUCACUCUGUGUCCUCUUUGUGAUAAAGCGUGUACUUAUCAAAGGCUCGGUGAUUCCUGUAUAUUCUCGAAAUUGACUUACUUAUUCGACAAUCCUGCAACUGUCUUCUUUGCUAUUUUUAUGUCUUUUUGGGCUACUACGUUUCUCGAACUUUGGAAACGACGACAAGCUGUGAUCGUUUGGGAAUGGGAUCUUCAAAAUGCCGAGUAUGAUGAAGAACCCAGACCUGAAUUCGAGACAUCCGUUAAAACAUUCCGAAUAAAUCCCGUGACAAAAGAAAGGGAACCGUACUUGCCUCGAUGGUCUAAAGCCAUCCGAUUUUUAGCUACUGGUUCGAUGGUAUUUUUUAUGAUAUGCGUAGUUCUUGGAGCGGUUUUAGGGACGAUUGUAUAUCGCAUUUCGUUAGUCGCCGUCUUUUAUGGUGGAGGUGGCACUUUUUUAGAAAGACAUGCAAAGAUAUUCACUUCCAUGACUGCCGCUCUCAUUAACUUGGUGAUAAUAAUGAUACUCACACGAAUAUAUCAUCGUUUGGCACGUUGGAUGGUCAAUAUGGAAAAUCCAAGAACGCAGACGGAAUAUGAAGCUAGUUAUACAUUUAAAAUCUUUUUAUUCGAAUUUGUCAACUUUUACUCCUCUUUGAUUUACAUCGCCUUUUUCAAGGGGAGAUUUUUCGUUCAUCCUGGUGAUGCAGAUGCGAGAGCCUCGGAAUUUUAUCGCAUCAAAACAGAUGUAUGCGAUCCCGCUGGUUGCCUUUCGGAAGUCUGUAUUCAACUUGCGAUUAUAAUGGUUGGUAAACAAUGCUUUAACAAUUUUGUCGAGAUUUUAUCGCCGAAAAUGUGGAAUUGGUGGCGUAAGAGAACACAAGUCGCGGCGACUAAGAACCAUGACAGAAGAUAUACCUGUUGGGAAAAAGAUUAUCAACUUCAAGACCCGGGAAGACUAGCUUUAUUCGACGAAUAUUUAGAAAUGAUUCUGCAAUAUGGAUUUGUGACAUUGUUUGUGGCAGCGUUUCCAUUAGCACCUCUGUUUGCUUUAUUGAAUAAUAUCGCUGAAAUAAGAUUGGACGCGUACAAAAUGAUUAAGGAAGCCCGAAGACCGUUGGCCGAGCGAGUGGAGGAUAUUGGCGCUUGGUUUGGUAUUCUCAGGGGUGUAACUUACGUGGCGGUGGUAUCAAAUGCUUUUGUUAUCGCGUACACGUCCGACUUCAUUCCGAGAAGCGUAUAUGCGUUCGUUUAUUCGCCCACCAAUGAUUUGGUGGGUUACAUCGAUAGCUCUCUAUCAGAAUUCAAUACUUCCGAUUAUCGCGACGAUAUGAAAAGUGAUGUGGAAGAUAAACAUCCGGAAACGUGUCAGUAUAGAGGCUACAGAAAUGGUCCCGACCAUCCCGAUCCUUACGGACUCAGUCCACAAUACUGGCACGUUUUUGCCGCGCGUUUAGCCUUCGUUGUCGUCUUCGAGCAUGUUGUUUUCGCACUUACCGGUAUUAUGAGCUACAUAAUACCGGCUGUACCGCAUUCUCUGACAACUCAGCUACAACGUGAACGAUUGAUCGCUCAGGAAGAAAAGUACGAGAAGGAAAUAAGGGGGAAAGAAGACGAUGACGACUUGCUUUCGGUUUUGAGAGAGGCUGGAAGUAUCGGUAGAGGAAGCUGGGCCAGACGAUUCAGCAAGUUGAGCGACGUUUUAGAUGCUCAUGCUGACGUUAGGCAUAGCAGACGCAGCGACAGCUCCACAGUAUGGGAAGUCCCGUAAAAAAAUCAAGUGUUACCUGUCUCUGUAUGUGUACAUUCCAAUAAUAUAUAAUUCGAUUACUUGAAAAUAAUCAGAAAAAAUAAAGCCAAAUCUCCCUAUUGUAUAAAUGUUCCUUGUACUCUCAGUAUCAUUUAAAAUAACUCAUAAGUUUAAAUUCUAUAAUAAACUUACGUUUAUGCUUUUCAA